AUGGGUGCGUCUUCCGUCAAGAGCCUUCAGUCAACGGGCCACGAUGCUCGGGCCUUGGAUGAGGAAGAGGCCCGUCUUCUGCGGGCACAAAUUCAGCUUCCUUCCUCGUCCGCUGGAUAUGGCUCGAUUUUUCGUUUUCGAACAAAGAUUGACACGCUGGUCUUGAUCAUGUCCGCAGCGGCGGCAGCUGUUGCCGGCGCUGCCUUGCCGUUGAUGACCGUAGGCGCCUCUUCUCGGGCAGCCAUUCUGGUGGUCAUGGGAUCCCUCACCGGGCAAUUCGCCAAUAAUCUCAACGACAGCUCGUCGUUGUCUGCGUUUAGCCAUUCGACGCGGCGUUUGACGCUGGAUCUGCCAGGCAUUGGUUCCUUUCUCGCUACAAGCGUCAGCUCCUUUGGGUUCACCAUCACGGGCGAAUCCAUCAUGAAACGCCUGCGACGAACCUAUCUCUCCGCCGUCCUGCGCCAGAAUAUCGCUUUCUUCGAUUCGACCGGGCCGGGUGAAGUGACCGCACGGAUCUCCAACGACAUGAAUCUCAUUCAAGACGGGAUCUCCCAGAAAGUCGGCCUUUUGAUCACAGGCGUGUCAGGAUUUUUUGCGGCAAUCAUCGUCGCUCUCGUGCGUGAUUGGAGACUAGGCUUGGUCAUGGUGUGUCUUCCGGUCGUCGUGCUGUUGAUCAUGGGCGGCCUGGGGUCCAGAAUGAAAGCAUAUCAGGAGUCGAGCAACAACGCAUACGCACAUAGCGGCAGCUUUGCGGAGGAGGUGAUCUCUUCCAUUCGGACGGUGACGGCUUACGGCUCUCAGGAACGGUUCCAAGCCAAGUACGACGAGAGUCUUCGUGAGGCAACCGCUUUGGACUUCAAAGCAAAGGUGACCAUGGGCAUCCUGAUGGCCUUGAUGUUCAUGGUCAUGCUCUGGGGCUAUGCUCUGGCAUUCUGGCAAGGGAAUCGAUUCCUGCAACAAGGCUACUCCAAUAUCUCCCAGAUCAUGACCGUCUUGCUGGCCAGUGGCAUGGCUGGAGCGAUGCUGGGACAUGCCGCGCCAUUCAUUGCCGCCAUUGCACAGGCGGCAGCGGCGGCGAACAGGAUCUUCGCUACUAUCGAGCGAGAGUCCCCCAUCGAUCCUCUCGCACGGAGCGGCAGACGGUGCGAGUCCGUGAAGGGUGAUAUUGACUUUCGCCAUAUCAAGUUCAUUUACCCGUCGAGAACAAAUCACGUCGUCUUCGAGAAUUUCAACCUGCACAUCGCAGCGGGCAAGAUGACUGCAAUCGUAGGCCCCUCGGGCUCGGGCAAGACGUCUCUUUUUUCGCUCAUGGAACGACUUUAUGACCCCGUGCAGGGCCAAAUUCUCCUCGACGGCAUGCCGAUUGGAGAUCUAGACGUUCACUCGCUGCGAUCUCAGAUCGGUCUUGUGGCUCAGGACAAUUUCCUUUUCAAUACGUCCGUCUACAAUAACAUCAUGUAUGGGCUCGGGUCACAGGCCAACGAACUUGACGACGAGAAAUUAAUGGCCCUUGUGGUAAAGGCUGCGAAGACUGCACAGGCACAUGAGUUUGUUUCCGCCUUGCCCCAAGGCUACCACACGCGUGUGGGAGAACGGGGAUCUACACUGUCGGGCGGACAGAGACAACGGAUAGCCAUCGCGCGAGCGGUCGUCUCAAACCCUCCAAUUCUUCUUCUUGAUGAAGCCACUGCCGCGUUGGAUACAAAGAGCGAAAAUGCCGUCCAAGCCGCUCUUUAUGCGGCAGCGAAAGGGCGUACAACCAUUGUCAUCGCCCACCGCCUCUCAACAAUCAAGAAAGCCGAUACUAUUGUUGUGAUUGAGUGUGGUACAAUUAUAGAGCAAGGGACUCAUGAGGAGCUACUCUCAAAGCAAUCGACAUAUGCGAACCUCGUCGUAACACAGCAGCUCCGGCGAGAGGAGGAGAUGAUGGAAACGCAAGAGAGCCAUGACUGGGCUGAAACAGACGUGAUGCGAAUGGCGAUGAUGGACCGCCAAGUUUCAAAACGCUCGGGGGGAGGGUCCCGAUUCGAAGAAAGUAGAUCAUCGGUCUGGAAGCUAAUGAAGGUCGUCUGGUCCAUUAACACUCCAGAGAGGAAGUUUCUGGUUGUCGGUAUCCUCUGCAGCCUCUUUGCCGGACCAGGGUAUCCUGUCCAGGCCAUAUUUUUUGGCAACGCCAUCAUCUCGAUUGUGGAUCCCCAACUCAGCACCGGCCAUCACACUGUCAAUUUUUGGGCACUUAUGCUGCUUCUGCUGGGGCUGUUCAUGUUGGUGGUUUACUUCGUGCAAGGUCUUUGUUUUGCCAUUGCGGGAUCCAAGCUCGGUUCGAGAGCUAGGGUACUCGCCUUUGCUUCGAUCCUGCGACAAGACAUGCUAUUCUUCGAUGCCAAAGAAAACAGCUCCGGGUCUCUGGCUGCUUUCCUUGCCGUCGAAGCGAGUAAACUGACGGGCAUCAGUGGAACCACGCUGGGAGCAAUCCUCAACAGCGCCAUGACUCUCGUUGCUGCGGUCGCAGUUGCAUGUCCAUUUGGAUGGAAGCUUGGUCUCGUGGCCACAUCCACUGUACCGAUUCUGCUUGCCUGUGGCUUCCUGAGACUUUGGAUUGUCACGCAGAUGGAACGACAUGUCAAGCGGGACACGGAGGCGGCAGCAACGGCGUGCGAAGCCGUAUCUGCCAUCCGCACAGUCGCCGCUUUGACCAUGGAAGAAGUCAUCAUCAACCAGUACGAGCACAAGCUGGAUGUGGAACACCAAAUCAAUCAGCGCUACGACCUGUUCUCCAGUCUUGUUUUUGCAGCCACGCAAUCAUUCAGUUUAUUCAUCGCCGCUUUCAUCUUCUGGUACGGAGGGAUGAGACUGAUCGGGUCCGGCGAAUACAACGUUCAGCAAUUUUUCAUUUGCUUCAUUGCUAUCGUCUGGGGUGCGCAGGCCGCAGGCACGAUCUUUUCAUUCGCGCCGGAUAUCGCUGGAGCCAAGGAAGCGGCUGCUCGGCUGGACACGCUUCUCUCCCGUCAGCCCACGAUUGAUGCUUUCACUGCGGAAGGAGAUGCGGUCGGUGACAUGACUGGAGAUCUGGUUGUCGAGCAGGUGGACUUCAAUUUCACAUCGCGACCAGACUGCCAGAUCCUCCAUCAGGUCAGCUUCUCGGCGCCGUCCGGCAACUUUGUUGCCCUUGUCGGGGCCAGUGGCAGUGGCAAAACGACCGUCUUGAAUCUGAUUGAACGGUUUUAUGACGUGGUCGGCGGCUAUAUUACGGUGGAUAACAAAGAUAUCCGCCAAUACCGACUGAGUGCACUGAGGAAGCGGAUGGCAAUGGUCGAGCAGGACUCCACUCUGGUCGGCGGCAAUAUCAGAGACUGUAUUCUCGGCGAUACAGAGGAUAUCAGCGACGAGGAGAUUAUGACUGCGUGUCAAGAUGCGAACAUCCAUGAUUUUGUGUUGUCUCUUCCAGACGGGUUGAGGACCGACGUUGGUGCGCGAGGUAGUCGAGUGUCUGGUGGGCAGAAGCAGCGGAUCGCGCUGGCAAAAGCGCUGCUGAGAAAUCCCAAGAUUCUCCUUCUUGACGAGGCAACAUCUGCCCUAGACGCCGAAUCCGAGAGAAUCGUUCAGGGCGCGCUUGAUGCCGCAGCCAAAGGCCGCACGACGAUUGCGGUCGCCCAUCGCCUCAGCUCGAUCGCCCACGCCGAUUGCAUCUACGUAUUUGAUAAGGGAAGGAUUGUGGAGAGCGGCAAACACGAGGAGUUGAUCAAGGAUCGAGGCAAGUAUUGGGAACUUGUGCGAUUGCAGGAUCUAGGUAAAUAG